AUGUCGCCUACUUCGUUGGGUGAUAAUGGUGUCAGUCCUCCCUUUGCCGGUCCUGGUCCAGGUAGUGUGAAUGCUAUGACAUCGUCCCCAUCUGCUCGCGUGGGAGAAGGGCCGAGCCCCCUAGGCGUUCGACCCGAUCGACCUUGUGAUGGCUGUCGACGUCGCAAGAGUCGCUGCGUCAUCAAUCCCGAUGCUGCUUCGUGUGUGAUGUGCCAAUUCCACAAGCAGGCCUGUACCUUUAUCGAAGACGCCGCUCCACGGAGACGGAAGCAACCCAACAACAACACCAACAAUAACCACGUCUACAACAACCACAACACCGUCACUGGAGGCACUGCCACUUCCGAGAAUGCUUCGGUGGCUUCCCUAGCUCGGCAAAGACGCUCAGGUUCCGAUGGCAACGGCCAUGCCCCACGACGGCAAUCUGCUGAAUCCAUUCGAAUCGGUCCUGUCAUCGACGAUUAUGCAAACUUGCAGGGCGAGUCAUUGCUCAAAAAAACCUUGGGGCUGCAAAAUCAUAGAUAUGCAAAAUACAUUGGUCCGACCGAUGAGCAUGACUUUGCACUGUUAGAUCUUCGACUGUACGACGACAUCAAGGGUGAAAGUCCCGCCGACCAGGGCUCCUUCCGCAAAGUCGGUCCCAAUGAAUUCUUCCACCAAUACGCCGACUCGGACUCGCCCAACCAUGCUAGGGAGGUCGAGGAGCUCGACAAUAUCGAGCGCAUUGUCGCCCCUCACGGCGAGGCUCUGAUAAGGCUCUACUUUCGGAUUGUCCACCCCACCUUUCCCAUACUGCAUAAGAAGGUCUAUCUGGAGAAGUAUGGCCGGACCCAUCGGGAGUUCUCCCCUCCCCUGCUCGCUGCCGUCUACAUCCUGGCGUUGAACUGGUGGUCAUACAGCAUCGAGCUCGCGAGGCAGACAAAGCCCAACGUCGCCGAACUAGAAGAUGUCGCGUACCGGACGUUACAGGAUGUGUCGCAUCGAGCAAAGUUGUCUACGGUCCAGGCAGGGCUUCUCCUGCUCCAACGACCGGGUAGUAAUCAGGCCUGGCAGCUGACGGCCCAGCUUGUUGCCAUUGGCCAGGAUCUAGGCCUACAUCUGGACUGUUCAAACUGGCGAAUACCUUCGUGGGAAAAAGGGCUUCGGAAACGACUUGGCUGGGCUCUUUUCAUGCAGGACACAUGGUCGGCCCUGAUCUACGGACGGCCGCCUCACAUUUCAAACACCAACUGGGCCGUGCAGCCGGUGAUCAGCAGUGAUUUUCCCGAAAGCGCCGCGGACGAGGACGAGGAGGACGGUAGCACCGAAGUCGAAAAGGGGCGUACGUUGUUCAGCGCCAUGAUCACUCUAACUAAGAUGCUGGCCGAGGUGUUGGAGGAACUCUACUCGCUGAGGGCAGAGCUCGAGGUCAAGAACUCGUACGACAGCACCAAGGCCAUCCUCGACCGCGCCAAACCGAUACAACUCAAGCUGCGAUCCUGGUAUGCUGAGAUGCCCGAGACACUGCGCAUGGACGCCACCAGGGUCGGCAAGCUGAGCUCGGUGGGCUACCUGCACCUGGCCUACUUUGCCACUGAAAUCACACUGCACCGACGGAUUCUACGCUCGCUCUCGCCCAAUACCGACCCCUAUAUGAUCCAGAUAUGUCGGUCGGCGGCCAAAGCCAGGCUGAUUAGUGCUAUGGACUUUUUCAACCGGCUCAAGCCCGAGCACCUCCAGUCGUUCUGGUACUUUGCGUCCAAGUUCAACUUUGCCCUCAUUGGCACUUUUGCCGGGCUGUGCUUUGUCACGUCGGUGAGCCAGGAGGAGGCCGAAUUCUACCAGAGGCGGCUGCAGGAGUAUAGGUGGACGCUGCGGGUCUCGAAUAAGAGCGCCGAGUUCUUGGAGAUUGCCAGCGGCAUCUUGGAAUCGGCUGUGGGAUCGCUGCUGAAGGCUGCUGACGCUAUUGACAGUCGGCGGUGGUCAUUCCCCAUGCUCUCACAGCAGCAGCUGCCCGAUGAUGACACGGCGAUGGACUCGUUCUUCCCCAGCACCGACGACGCGUUUUUCGAUACACAGAUGGAUUCUUGA